AACAUAUUUCUGUGAGUUAAAACAGGGCUUUUGUUAUUUAGUUGCUAUAGCAACAAAGUGUUACUGCCGUCUUCCUGAGUUUGAAGUUGGUCUCUUUUUUUAAAUACUGGCCUUUCCUUAUAAAACAACGAGUUUGCAGAUGGAAACUUCCUCACAGGCUACAGCUAGCAGGGGACUGUGGAACAGCCCCAGAGCCACACAGUUCAGCAAGGAGACCCAGGACAUGCUGAGAUUGUUGAAGCAGGAAUCAAGGGUCACCAGCCUCAAGAGAAAACAGAUCAACAAACAGCCAAAGAAUGAAACAGCUUUGCCUUUCACCUCUGAUCCGGCACAGUCUUCUCCUCCUGGUAAAUCUGUCCAGAAACACUGGCCAGUCCACACUCAGAAACGCACCGCCGAGGCAUGUCGGUCUGGGAACAGCUACGAGAGAGAAAAGUUUCGUCCUGGUCCAACACGAGACCUAGAGAAAGAGAAGAGGAAGCUUCAGAACAUCUUUGCACACGGGACCGAGCAGCCCGGAGCGGGAUCUUCUCAGAAACCUCCUCAACAUCAGAGCUCAGAAGUACCAAAGAAGAUGGAUCGCUAUCAGGAAGUUCUAAAUGAAAUACAGGAAAGACGACAGUUUCUUGAAGACAUGGCCUCCCUGGGUCAGGAGAAAGAUUAUAUUGACAUCAUCAACACUGAGAUAUCUCAGAAAUUACGAGAACUGGAGAUAAUGGAAAAAUCCCACGUUCCCACAUCUGACACAAAGACGGAGAGGACAGAAAAUGCAGCCAACAAAGAAGACUGACUGUUGUCUUUGACCGGGCGGUCUGCUUCUCUUCAAGCAAGAGACAUACCUUCAGUCAGAGCAGAGACACACGCGCACGCCAGUGAAUACAACACACAUCCACCCAACUGUGUGAAUUUCUUUUAUUCCUCUGCCUCCCAGUGUCAGUAUUUCACACAAUCCUGCUGCUGUUUUAGGACAAUGUACAAGAUGAAAAAAAUGUGGUGGCACAGAAGCCCUUUGUUUCAGCUGGACAGGAAGUUAGGCACAGAGCAGAAACAGACAACAGACGCAGCCACACAAGACAAAUACAUCAUCUAAGAGACGAAAACACGAACAGAAUGAGUAAACACGUUUACAUUAGCUCGAAACUAACGAUGUAUGCAAUAAAAUAAAUGGCACUCGAUAUAAACUACUUUAAGGCAAAACACACGCAAAAAGGCAUAGUAAAAUAUAAAUUAAUGAUUGCAUACCUCAGGUCCAUCCUUCCAUAGUUAAAACCAUUAUAAACUGGGCUUUUGCUACAGUUGAUAAAAUACUGUACAUUUUCUUUUUCUGAACUUCAUUAUUGCAUCUGUUACCUUCCAUAAUAAAAGGACACCUAUCCUGCUUUUCCUUGGAGCUGGAAAUGAAUAAGUCCCGUUUAAAACUAACCGACAGUUUGGUUUUUUUCUGCAGUUCGCUACUCCUCUAAUUUUCUCCUCCAGUCUAACCCACUUAUAAAUACUCUAUCCAUGUUCGUGUAAUGCUUUGAUGACAAGCACCAACACAAUUGUAAAACUACUACUGAAGAAACUGAAAUACACACACACACAUACACAAAUAAAAUAUAUAUGUAUAUAUAGCAGCUAGAAGUCUUUGAUUGAGCUUUUCAAGAGUAGAUGCUGCAGUUUCAAGCAAGUUUCAUCUGGAAAAAACAACAACAAAAAAGACAAACUUAUUGCUACUAGUACCACGGGCUCAACCCAAACAUGACAUAAAACUUUAAAUAUCCAUACGUGCACCUUUGAAGGAGCAAAGGAGACCACUACUCAAGAGGGUGUAAGUAAAACUAAAAACAUUAAAAACUCAAGGAUAUCAGGGAUCAACGUAAGCUGACAAAUCACAUCUUUGCUGAAGGCCUACAGGGCAGAGUCACUGUGCAAUGCAGGGAUGUUAAAGCAAAAAGUAAUCAGUGCAGUAAUACAGAAAUCUGCCCAACAUGUCACUAGUUUGAAUAUUCAGAGCUUAAACUUUUUAAAGCACUUGCUGUCAGACACUAAAAGGCAACUGAAAAUAGUCACUGAAUGAGUCUGGGUGACUUGUGAAGUGCUUAAAAACUGUUUGAGGAGAUGUCAUAAUCUUCAUUCAAAAUUCUUUAGUCUUCUUAAAAUAGGAGUCCUUUAAAUAUCCUCUUGA